AUGUGGAGCUUGCAGUACCACCUCCGAACCACUAGGGGGCAGCAGCGUGCCAGCUGAUGCUACGUUACUUAUAGAUAAUUACAUCGACGAGGAGUUCCCAUCCCCAGAGCAGCUCUUCUAGAGAUUAAUCGCAGUGCAGCAGUGAAGCUGUUGAAAAGAUGGACACAAGAGCGUUGAGGAAUCCUUAUCAUGACUAUGAUGGGAACCCUGCGUCCACACAGGCUCUGUUCGACGGUCACGGGAAGCUCACAUUGGAGUUUGCUCAGAGGCUCAGCAGUAAGGUCAGUGAGCUUCUGGCUGUCAUGGAGAAUGGACUGAAGUCGGCUGACCCCAGAAAUUGCACCAGUUACACCGGCUGGGCAGGCAUAGCUCUGCUCUACUUGCACCUCCACAAUAUAUUCGGGGACCCCUCCUUCCUUCAGAGAGCCUUGGAGUACGUCAGCCACAGCCUGAAGUGUUUGACCAGACGUCAUGAUGUCACCUUCCUUUGUGGGGAUGCUGGGCCUCUGGCUGUGGCUGCUGUGGUCUUCUAUCGCCUGCAGAGGGCGCAAGAGAGCGACGAGUGCAUCAACAGACUGCUGCAGUAUCACCCCUCUGUAGUGAAAGGCGCAGGCGGGCUCCCCGAUGAGAUGCUUUACGGGAGGAUGGGUUAUCUUUACGCCCUCGUCUUCAUCAACCAGCAGCUGGGGCAGGACAGGAUCCCGCUGCAGUACAUCCAGCAGAUCAGCGAAGCCGUUCUGGCGUCCGGGGAAAACCUAAGCAGGAGGUUCAGGGUCCAGAACCAGAGCCCGCUGAUGUACGAGUGGUACCAGGAGCAGUAUGUUGGCGCUGCACACGGCCUGGCAGGAAUCUACUACUUCCUCAUGCAGCCGGGUUUCGUCCAUGCCGAGGACUGGGUUCACAGGCUGGUGAAACCCAGCGUGGACCACGUCUGCCGCCUCAAGUUCCCAACUGGAAACUACCCACCCUGCAUGGGAGACGACCGGGACCUGCUGGUGCACUGGUGCCACGGAUCCCCCGGGGUGGUGUACAUGCUGCUGCAGGCACACAAGAUCUUUGGAGAGGCUCAGUACCUGUCUGACGCCCUGCAGUGCGGCGAGGUGGUCUGGCGCUACGGCUUGCUGAAAAAAGGCUACGGCUUGUGUCACGGUGCGGCAGGAAACGCCUACACCUUCCUGGCUCUGUACCGGCACACGCAGGACCCCAAACACCUCUUCAGAGCCUGCAUGUUUGCAGACUGGUGCAUGAACUACGGCAAGCAUGGAUGCAGAACACCAGACACUCCGUACUCUCUUUUUGAAGGCAUGGCGGGCACCAUCUACUUCUUGGCCGACAUCCUUCAGCCGAUGAAAGCGAGGUUCCCCGCUUUUGAAGUGUAAAAAAAAGUCGUCACAGGUACUCGUCUAACACACACUGCACGAUCGUUACAAGAAGACAACAAGAGGAAACUCUGGGGACUGACUGUGACUCUGGCUUUGGAUGUUGUGCCAUAUCUUUCCUGCUCUCUGUUCUGUAACUUUACACGUUAUUAACUAUGAAUCCUACGAUUACAUUUCAACUAUUUCAAAAAGGUGUUUUGAAGAAUGAGAGCUGCUCUAGCUUUUUUUUUGUGUAUACAUCUAACUCCAGCUAUCGCUCAGCUUGUGACGUUUAAGCAGAUUCAAACAAAAAGAAAACAUUGACCUCCAGUUCAAGGCUGCGAGGAGACAGAACUGUGAUUCUUUUAGCACUUAAAACGUUUAUAUCGUCUCUGACUUUAUUGAAAUGGGCGCUUUAGUUUGCUAUUAUGUUUCUUUAUGAGAAAGGUCAACAGCAAAGCUCGAUACAAUGCACUAAAAAUACUACAGUACAAGCUCUGUCAUGUGUUAAGGGAUCAACCCCUGAGUGUAAACUGUGGCCCGUCCUUUGCACUGUCUGAGCAAUAAAUCAUGAGUCUUUGUACAGCUGUU